AUGCGAGGAGUCGCUAUAGUAGCGCCGGUGCGGACUGCCGUGGCCACUUUUGGCGGAGGCCUGCGCGAUGUUUCCGCCGCCGACCUGGCAUCCCUGGUUAUCAAGGAAGCCGUCGAGCGCAGCGGCAUCGACCCCGCCAGGCUGGACGACGUCAUCCUGGGCUGCGGCUAUCCCAGCGGCGAGAAUCCCGCCAUUGGACGUCUGGCCGCACUCAAGGCCGACCUGCCCAUCGAGGUGCCCGGCUACCAGCUUGACCGCCGCUGUUCCUCGGGCUUGCAGGCGAUCCUCAACGCCGCCAUGCUGGUGCAGACCGAAAACGCCGACGCGGUGGUUGCCGGUGGCGUCGAGAGCAUGAGCAACGCCGAGUACUACGUCAACGAGGCCCGCUGGGGCGGCCGCUUCGGCUCCCAGACCUUCCACGACCGGCUGGUGCGGGCGCGGGAGACCAUCUCGCCGGAGGAGCGGUUCGGCUACAUCUCCGGCAUGGUGGAAACGGCCGAGAAUCUGGCCAAGCAGUACGAGAUAACCCGCCAGGAGCAGGACGAGUACGCUCUGCGCAGCCACCAGCGGGCCGUGGCCGCCGUGGAAGCGGGCAAGUUUGACCAGGAAAUCAUAGGAGUGCCCAUCCCCCAGCGCCGGGGCGAUCCGGUGGACUUUGUAAGGGACGAAAAUCCACGGGCUGACACCUCAAUGGAGGCCCUGGGACGUCUGCGGCCGGUGACGCCCGACGGCACCGUGACCGCCGGAAACGCCAGCAGCCAGAACGACGCCGCCUCGGUGUGCCUGGUGGUGGCCGAGGACAAGGUGGAAGAGCUGGGCGUGACCCCCAUGGCCUACCUGCGGGGCUGGGCCGUAACCGGCUGCCACCCCGCCUACAUGGGUAUCGGGCCGGUACCGUCGGUCAACAAGCUGAUGCCCAAGAUCGGGAUGUCCCUGGAGGACAUGGACCUGAUCGAGCUGAACGAGGCCUUCGCCGCCCAGGUGCUGUCGGUGCUGCGGGAGUGGAAGCUGCCCAACGAGGACAAGCUGAACGUCAACGGGUCGGGCAUUUCCCUGGGCCACCCCAUCGCCGCCACCGGCGCGCGCAUCCUGACCACCCUGCUGCACGAAAUGGAGCGUCGCGACGCCCAGUUCGGACUGGAGACCAUGUGUGUAGGCGGCGGCCAGGGCGUGGCCGCGGUGUUUGAGCGGCGGUAA